AGGAAUCUUUCCAGUUAACUCACACACCCAUUAUGUCUGGUCGAGGAAAAGGAGGCAAAGUAAAGGGAAAGUCAAAGACUCGUUCUAGCAGGGCCGGACUUCAAUUCCCCGUCGGUCGUAUUCACCGCAUGCUCCGUAAAGGGUCGUACGCUGAGCGUGUCGGUGCUGGUGCCCCUGUCUACCUGGCUGCCGUCAUGGAGUACUUGGCCGCUGAGGUUCUCGAGUUAGCCGGUAAUGCCGCUCGUGACAACAAGAAGACCCGUAUCAUCCCCCGUCACUUGCAGCUGGCUAUUCGCAACGACGAAGAGUUAAACAAACUGCUUUCUGGUGUUACCAUCGCACAGGGAGGUGUUUUGCCUAACAUCCAGGCUGUUCUUUUGCCUAAAAAGACUGAUAAACCAGCCAAAGCUUAAAAAUGAUCGCAUGACUUAUACUAAAUCAGCCCUUUUUAGGGCUACCAAAAACUUCUUGCAAAGAGCUCACAACGCCACUCAAUCAAAAAAGACAUUUUUACGGGCUAGUGUAG